GGACGCCCUGCGGCCUCUCUGAGGAGCCAGCCCGCCUGCGGCCUCAGCGGAGCAGAGACAGCCCAACAUGGAGAACUGCACUGAGAGAGGUGCCCAUGGUAGCAUUGUGGUGCUUCAGCUGGUUGUGUACAUCCCAGUGCUCGCUCUGGGGAUCCCACUGAACGCAAUUGCCUUCUGGGUCUUCUGCUGCAAAAUCAAGAGGUGGACCGAGACCAAGGUGUACAUGAUCAACCUCAUCGUGGCAGACACUUCCCUGCUCUUCACCCUGCCUUUCCUGCUGUAUUUCACCAAGUACAAACAUCCCAUAGACCAGCUGUGUUUAGCCGUACAAAACAUCUGUUUUAUAAACAUGCCUAUGAGCAUCUUUAUCAUCACCCUGAUUGCAAUUGAUCGAUACAUUGCAAUCAAGUUCCCUCUAAAAGCAAAGAUCCUUCGAUCCCCACUGAAAUCAGCUUCUAUCUGUGGCUUUCUUUGGACAGCAAUGAUAACUUAUUCCAGUUUGUAUCACAUUCGUCGCCGUAGCUGGGAAGGUUGUUGCUUUUGGAAACAAUCUCUUCUACCUAGCUAUUCCUCUUUAGUCUACUGCAUCUGUGGGUAUUUUAUUCCCUUAGGGAUUGUGAUGUUCUGCUCAGUACAAGUCAUCAGAUGUCUAAAACAGAAGAUGGCCACAUGCCCUCAUGAGACAAAAUUAUUCCAGAAGGCCGUGCAGAUAGUUUCUGUGAAUUUGUGUGUGUUUGCUGUCUGUUUCUCACCCUUCCACAUCUCACUGCUCUUGCGGUUUGCAGUGGAAGUUGCUGGAGCUCAUUCUCUGAUGCCAGGAGUUGUAACCUAUAUUAAGGUCUCUGCAUGCUUAGCAAAUUGUAACUGCUGUCUGGAUGCAUUUUGUUAUUAUUUUGCAGCCAAGGAAUUUCCAGAGUUUUCUUCUAUGUUCCCCAAGUGUAUAUUUAUCAGGUCCAAGAUGAACAAAAGUGAGGAGUCACAGCCACCCACGGAUCAAGUGAUUCUAUGA